AGUAACUGGACUCCAGUUAUGAAAACACUACCCUUUCACUAGCAUUGAAAUAAACCAGCGGCAACCGCUUAAACUGGUAAACAUUGAUCCCUUCACGUGUUUAGCUGCUGUUUGUUAAUUGUUGUUUAUUUUGAUCAUUGUAUUAGGGAGGACAGUAUGGCUUACGAUAAUUACAACAGGGUGGAAAAACUUAACCCACCUCCAUUCGUUACCACUCUGGUCACCUCGGCACAUACUCGAAGCUUAAUUUUCAAGUCAUGGUCCUCCCUGCGGAGAAAGUCGAGGGUGGGUGAGCAGAGUAAAAUCCUCGAGUCGGAGACAGAGCUUCUUGCUGGGUUCAUAGCAAGAAAGGGGACGCAAUUAAGGCUGGAGAAAGCUCUCAUGUUGUCCAACCGAAUUCACAAACUUGGGAAACGCUGGUUGGCAAAUAAGUGGUUGCACGAAUACACCAUAUUCGACGACGGGGUGCAACUUUCCCUCACCAAAAAGUCGAGCAAAACCAAGCCUGAGAAGGAGGAAGGAGUUCGACUGCCUAGUCGUCAAUGGGCUAAUUGGAUUACCUAUCUCACGCUGAGGGACUGUCUCAUCUUGGCCAAGAUUAAACACGAAUGUGAAAGAACUGUAAAGUACUGGUUAGGACUAAUCAGCUCAUCGCAUCAUGCGACAGAUUCAUUAGUGGCUGUGGGAGUCCUUUCCAGGAUGUGGUAUGUGAGCAGCAGUAUGGUCGAGAGUCUCAUUAACGUAAUGUACCCAACGAUCUGUAAAUUAUCCAUUCAUCUGGAGCCAACUAAAGCAGAAAAUUGGUUGAUGGAUUUGGGAAUGCCAUCCCCGGAAUACCUCAGUUCAUCAUGGUUGGAAGAAAUCCUUGGCUCUCCGUUUAUCCCCGCAAGAUUGAGAAAAGGACUGGACACAAUGGGCACUGUGCAGGAUCGCACGAGGGAAUCCGUUCUUAUGUCUGGUUCAAAAUCUAUUAGUGACAAUGAGAAAAGGAAAUCAACCGCUGGAAAUGUACACGCAGCUCAAAGUCCUUCAUCCACAUCACCUACAACAGUAACUAGACGUGUGGUUACAAAGUCGGAAAGCAGUAGUGACGAAGAUGUAGGAGUUCCCGUGAACCUACCCUCAACUUCACAACAGCUCAGCAAACAUCAAAAAAGUAGAUCGUCCAUUGUACUGGACGAGAGGUGGACUCGCUUCUUUUCUGGUUAUAAAUCCAAGUUAAAAACGGAGAAGGGAAGAAAACAAUUUUGUGUUAGAAUUAGAAAGUGGCUUCAAGAUGAGACGACUAAAAAAGUGAUAGUAAAACUUAAGAGACUACGAAACUGCAUAAAAUCUGGGAACUACUCAGAAAUGAUUGUAAUGAUUAAUCAAUUCCAAAAGUUUUUAUCAACGAGAGAGAUUUCAUCUUAAGUUUUGCAUCAUUUGUUAAACUAAUGUGUUUUACCAUUUGACAACGACUCCGCGUUCUUAAAAUGAGAUUCCUUCAACGAUGAAUAAAUUACAAGAUCUUGGCUAUUUCCACCUCA